CGAAAAUUUUCCCAUUCGUGAAACUCACCAACCAAUAAACCAAAGCAACAGAUAGAAGAACAUUGAAAUCAUGUCGCCCACCACCAUCCAUCUCAGGGCUGAGUCGAAGCCGCUAGAGCGCCGGUCACCACUCUCCCCCGCGUCAGCCAAAGCCCUUCUUGAGGCUGGCUAUGUCGUCCGCGUUGAACGAUCCUCCGACCGCAUUUACAAAGAUGAAGAGUUUGAGUGCCUAGGCGCGGAGCUGAUCCCUUCGGGAUCAUGGGUCAACGCUCCCCUCGACCACAUCAUCCUUGGCUUGAAGGAGCUGCCCGAGGACGACACUACUCUGAGUCACACGCACAUCCACUUCGCCCAUUGCUUCAAGAAGCAGCAAGGUUGGGCCGAGACACUCUCGCGCUUUGCUCGAGGCAACGGUCUCCUCUACGACCUUGAGUUCUUGACCGACGAGACCGGUCGCCGUGUCGCCGCCUUCGGCUACUGGGCUGGGUACGCCGGUACCGCCAUAGCCCUGUUGUCGUGGGCUCAUCAGCUACUGGCGCCGGGUACAGAGCAGGCCGCGGUACCAGCUUUCGAUUCAGCACCCGCUCUCCUCGAUCGCGUCAAGUCGGACUUGGCACCCGCCCUUGCGGCCAACCAGGGGAAGCUUCCCCGCGUCAUCAUCAUUGGCGCUCUUGGAAGAUGUGGUACGGGCGCCGUCGAGCUUUGCCAGGCAGCAGGCAUUCCGGAAGAAAACAUCCUGAAGUGGGACAUGGCCGAGACCAAGCGCGGAGGGCCUUUCCCCGAGAUCACCGAGUCAGACAUCUUCAUCAAUUGCGUCUACCUCGGCCCUCACCGCGCUCCCCCCUUCGCCACUUUUGAAUCCCUGUCCACGCCGAACAGACGGCUCCGUGUCAUUUGCGACGUCAGUUGCGACCCGAACAGCGAGAACAACCCCAUUCCGAUAUAUUCUAGUUACAGCUCCUUCAACAACCCGACGAUUCCCAUCUCCGGUCACCUCGACGGACCAGAGCUGCGGGUGAUCGCAAUUGAUCAUCUACCCACCCUGGUGGCUCGCGAAUCCAGCGAUGAGUUCUCGCAGUUGUUGCUGCCAAGUCUGCUCACUUUGGACAGGCGUGAUGAAGCUGGCGUCUGGACGCGGGCGGAAAAGACUUAUAGAGACAGGGUAUCAGAGCUGCCUUCGGAGCUGCGUUGA